CCUGUGGUCUCUUUUAAGCCCUUCCGGGAACCCUUGACUGGAGAGGAGGUCAGCCUCUGACGUUGCCCAGCCAUGGCCGACCACCUGGAGCUGCUGGCCGAGAUGUCAGCGGUGGGCCGGAUGGGCACGCAGGAGAGGCUGAAGCAUGCCCAGAAGCGCCGCGCCCAGCAGCUGAAGAAGUGGGCACAGUUUGAGAAGGAGGUGCUGGGCAAGAAGGCCAAAGCGGAGAAGAAGAAGAAAGGGGGCAGCAAGGAGAAGCGCGUGGUGUUUCCCGACAGCGUCUGCCUGCUGGAGGCCGCAUGCCGCAAUGACGUAGAAGAAGUUCGGCGGAUCCUCUUGAGCGGCGUCAACCCCACCUUGUGCAAUGAAGACGGCCUCACUGCGUUGCACCAGUGCUGCAUCGAUGACUACGGGGACAUUGCUGAGCUGCUGCUGGAAGCUGGUGCCGACGUCAAUGCCUGCGACAGCGAGCUCUGGACCCCGCUGCAUGCUGCCGCCACCUGCGGGCACCUGCAUUUGGUGGAGCUCCUCGUUGCAAAAGGUGCCAACCUGCUGGCCGUCAACUCUGAUGGGAACAUGCCGUACGACCUCUGCGAGGACGACGUGACACUGGACUACAUCGAGACAGCCAUGGCCGAACAAGGUAUAACUCAGGAGACCAUCGAGGAGGCCCGUUCAGCAGUGGAGCGGGUCAUGGUGAACGACAUCCACCGGCUGCUGAGGGAAGGUGUUGACCUGGACACCCCGCUGGACCACAGAGCUACCCUGCUGCACAUUGCCUCAGCCAACGGCUACCUGGAGGCCGCGGAGUUGCUGCUCGAACACAAGGCCAGCAUGAGCGUCCAGGACAACGACGGGUGGCAGCCCCUCCACGCGGCCGCUUGCUGGGGCCAGAUCCAUCUGGUGGAGCUCUUGGUGGCCCACGGAGCAGACCUGAAUGGGAAGUCGGUCCUGGAUGAGACCCCGCUAGAUGUCUGCGCAGACGAAGAGGUGCGUGCCAAACUCCUGGAGCUGAAGCACAAGCACGACGCCAUCAUGAAGUCGCACGACAAGCACAAGUCUCUUCUCCAGCGCCGCACCUCCAGUGCAGGCAGCCGAGGGAAAGUGGUGCGUCGAGUGAGUGUGACGGAGCGCACCAACCUCUACCGCAAGGAGCACGAGAAGGAAGCCAUCGUCUGGCAGCAGAUGGAGCAGCGUGAGAGCGAGGGGGAGGACGAGGACCGCCAGACCGAUGUGGAGCUCCAGCAGCCACUUCCGGAUCCUGCGGUCACGGUGGAGGCAGCGGGACCGGGAGGCUCGCCGGGGGAGGAGGAGGCGGCCUCCCAGCGCAACGGCACGGCCCACCCCAAGCACCUCUACUCCAAACGGCUGGACCGCAGCGUCUCCUACCAGCUGGCCACGCAGGAGGAGCUCAGCUCGGAGAAGGCCCACCACACUCUGGCCGACCUGAAGCGCCAGCGGGCGGCCGCCAAGCUGCAGAGACACCACCCCGAGGAGUUCUCGGCCAGCCCGGGGGAGGCCCCCAACUCGGUGUACUUCACAGCGGCCAGCGGGGAGCCCCCCCUCUUGAAGCUGACGGCCCCCGCCGAAGAGAGCCCAGUGGAGAAGAAGCGCUGCUGUAGCGUGAUGUGAGCCGGAGGGGCCUUCCGGCCGAGCUGAACAUCCAGGCGGGACGGGGCUUUUGCUUCUCUG